UUCGGUAGCUUUCCAAUUGACGCCUCGUAGUCCAGUAGCAAAAUCCACAGCUCCAGCUCCAGCUCCAAUGGCACUCUUCCUCUCCUCCGCCUCCAUCCUCGUCGCACCCGCCAAACCCUCUUCCUCUCCCCCUUCCUCGUUCGGUGCCUGCCCCACCGCUCGCUUCCACUCCUCUGCCUUCCUUGCCGACAACCGUUCUCUCUCCCUCCGCCCCUUCCGCCGCAAGAAACCUCGUUGGCGGCGCGGUGCUGAUGAGUUCUCUAGCUUCAUCAGUGCGUCCACCGAUUUCUACUCCACCCUCGGAGUGCCCAAGUCCGCCAGCAUCAAGGAGAUCAAGGCCGCCUACCGAAGAUUGGCUCGCCAGUACCACCCUGAUGUUAAUAAACAACCUGGAGCAACAGAAAAAUUCAAAGAGAUAAGUACUGCAUACGAGGUGCUGUCAGAUGAUAAAAAGAGGGCUUUAUAUGACCAAUAUGGUGAAGCUGGAGUGAAGAGCGGGGUAGGUGGUUCAGCUGGAGCGUACACGACCAAUCCUUUUGACCUAUUUGAGACCUUUUUUGGUGCAAGCAUGGGUGGUUUCUCUGGCAUGGAUCAAACUGCAUUUAGAACACGUAGACGUGGAGCUGCUAUGAAGGGUGAAGAUCUACGGUAUGACAUAAUUUUGGAGUUUUCAGAGGCUAUCUUUGGAGCAGAAAAGGAAAUUGUUUUGUCUCAUUUGGAAACAUGUGAUAUCUGUGCUGGUAUGGGAUCAAAAAUUGGCUCCAAGAUGAGAAUAUGCUCAACUUGUGGUGGAAGAGGCCAAGUAAUGCGAACUGAGCAAACACCCUUUGGAAUGUUCUCUCAGGUCUCCAUUUGCCCAGCUUGUGGGGGAGAAGGUGAAAUUAUUUCAGAGUAUUGCUGGAAGUGUGCUGGAGAAGGUCGCAUACGAGUUAGAAAGGAUAUCAAAGUAAAAAUUCCACCAGGUGUUAGCAAAGGCAGUACUCUUCGUGUGAGGGAUGAAGGUGAUGCAGGACCAAAAGGGGGUCCACCAGGUGAUCUUUAUGUAUGCCUUGACAUUGAAGAAAUUUCUGAAAUUCAACGAGAUGGCAUUAACUUGUUCUCAACUGUUACCAUUGAUUUCAUUGAAGCCAUCUUAGGGACCACUGUUAAGGUCAAGACAGUUGAUGGGAUUGGUGAACUUCAGGUACCUCCUGGUACCCAACCUGGUGACGUGGUUGUUCUAGCAAAAAGAGGUGUCCCUAAGUUAAACAAGCCAUCAAUGCGCGGUGAUCAUUUAUUCAAUAUCAAAGUAACUAUACCAAGUCGUAUCAGUGGACAAGAACAAGAGUUGCUUGAAGAACUUGCAUCUUUGAGAAGUAAUUCUGUCCGCCGCCCAAGUUCUCACCCAAAUACAAAAACACAGAUUGAUACUACAAAAAGAAGUCAAAAGAGCAUGGAGGCACAGGAUUCAGAGCAAGAGCAAACAAGUCAAAAUGACUUUUGGCAGUCAUUAAAGGACUUUGCUGGCAUUUUGAACUAUUUCAAAAACUUCAUGGUUACAUGGAUCAUAUAUAUUCAGGUCUGUUGCUAAUGGAGCACUUAAAUGGCUAAAAGACAACCUUUAGCCGGAAAGCUACCCUCGCUGCUGACAAAAGAUGCUACCCCUUAUUUUGCAAGAUCAAGUCCGCACCAUGUACCCUCGAAAUUGCAUUUUUUUUUCAUAGCUACCAUCCUCAUUUACUGUCAGGCGCUAGUUGUUGUUGAUCGUCGUCGUCGUCUGACAAAGAUAGAUCAGGGGCGUAUAUCAAAUUCUUUUCAUCCCAUGUUUUCCAACCCCACUUUCAUGUACAGGAGAUAUCUGCAAUAUCAAGACAAAAGGAGUUGCACCUACAGUUUUUGUAAUUUGCACUGGUUGGGGGCAAGUGGAAGAGCUAAUAAAUGAUUCUUUCAUUCAUGUGGCCUCUCAUAUAACCAUGACACUGAUACUUCAAUUUCAAAAGCUCUAUAGUCUGUCUCAA